AUGUCAUGGUUCCCACCGGUCGGACAAUCGCCGCAGGAUGGCUGGCGCUUCGACAUCGUCAGUCUGCUCGCCAUCAUCGGCGAGUCGACCCUGGAAGGACAUGUGCAGAUUAUCACCGCCUCCUCGUUCGCCUGGCUGCCACGCCUUCUCCCCGCCCCGCAGACCGUGCUGAAGACCGAGCGACCGGCGCGUCUUCCCCCCGUCAAAGAUGUGGUGAUUGUAGGAGUCCGGUCGGGCAUAUACCUGACGGAACUCAAUUUCUUCGCCGAUAUCAUUCAUGAUGUCGCCUCUCUGCAAGACUUCGAGUUUCAAGUGUAUGAGAUCGACUACGCAAAGAAGGGACCGAGGGAGCUGGAGGAAACGGGUCCGCGGAAGUGGACCUGGAGCAAUCAGAAGCUAGAACCCGUCUAUGUCCCCGUGAAGAAACUCUGUGCCUUGAACGUGGUCAUCUGGGUUUCCGUCUUCAUGACCAUCGGGCUCUUCAUCUGGGCGGGCCUCAUCCACGACGGCGUCGCCAUGAUCGCCCUCGUAACUAUGUCGCUAUCGACGAGUCUGGCCUGUCUCUCCUCCGAGUGGUACCCCGUGCUCUCCCACCGACCGACAACUGCGCGCGUCCCGCGUGGUGAUAUCGUGAUCUCGACGCGCAACGGGGCGUUCGUGGUGGUUAAAUGCUCGGAGGAGAUUACGCGGGAGUUGUACGGGGGUACGGAAAAGUGUCGCUACGUCUUUGGGGAAACUUGGCAUCGGAUCUUACUAGGGACGAGUACAGUGCUGCUCAUGGCGUCGGUGCUUCUAUUCAGCAACUGUGGGUGGACGAUGCAAGCGGCCAUCGGCAUAGCCUAUAUCAUCCUGAACAUCCUGUACUGGGCGGUGCCGCUGGUGAUGCACCGCAAGUCGACGUGGGACAUGAGUCGAUACGAGAUCAAAUCCCGGGUUGUGAAACCGAGAUCGGACUCGUGCGAGGGGCCGUCUAGCUAUACGGAGACCCUGUGGUACGCCAUCCGUGAGACCGAACGGACGGACUGGGUGAUCAACGGCAAGCUGGCGCCAUCGUCCGAAGCCUGGCGGAAGUGGCUGGAUGAGGCCCGGGACAACUGCCACCCGGGCUCGAAGUGGGAUGCCGUCGCAGCGAAAAAUCGACUGAUGCACGAGGCGGCGCAGGACAGCCACCAGCUUCCGACUGCGGCUCCUUCACUUGACGAAGCUCCGCGGUCCAGUGGUGAGAAAUCAUCGAGCUAG